AUGCACAUCGAAGCAGGACAUGCCAAUGAUAUAUCUAACUGGAACACUCUACACCGCACCUUACAAGGAAUCAGGCGACAUCACAACGUGCCUACUCGCCAACGACUUCCUGUUACUAUAGGUAUACUUCGGAAACUGAAAAACGCCCUCCGUGCAUCUCAUUCUCUUCACCCUAUCGACCAACUUAUGAUGUGGUCAGCAUUCACCAUUGCGUUUUUCGGCUUUCUUAGAGUAAGUGAAUUCACCGCCUCUUCUCCAACAUAUUACGACACAGCUACAACCCUACUCCAUGCAGAUAUACACAUCGAUGACAAUCUCUGUGGGCUCAAUGUUCACAUAAAGGCAUCAAAGUCUGAUCUUUUUCGGCAGGGUCAAACCAUUGUCAUCGCUGCUUCUGAUUCAUCAGUAUGUGCGGUACGUGCGUAUCACCGUUAUUCUGCAAACUUGCGACAGAGUCCCGCAUUUCAAUUCACCAACGGUGACUACCUUACCCCCCAGAAGCUUACACAUGUGUUGCAAAUUCACCUCGUUCAGGGUGGUGUACCUCAUAUCACCCAAUUCACCAGCCAUAGUUUUCGAAGUGGAGCUGCCACCACCGCUGCAGCUGCAGGAAUUCCGGAUUGGUUAAUCAAAUGCCUUGGACGAUGGAAGAGUGAUGCCUACCAAACCUACAUUAAGACGCCAAUGAAAACUCUUCGCAAGGUACCCGGAAUCAUGGUACAACAUUACUUGAACAAUUGA